AUAGAUUUUUAUUUGAUUUUUUGUUAAAGAUAAUUACUUCUUUCACCAGAUUGAUGAACAGUUAAUACGUAGCAUGACUGAUGAGCAGAUAGAGGAAUAUGUCCCCACAUUUGGGGACAGAAUAGCCCAAAGUACAUUAGUCGGGGAGCAGUGUGAAGAAGGUGAAGAAACUAGCACCCAGUCAUCACAAAGCAAGGAAGAGGGAAUACUGGAGAGGUUACAAGAAGAGUUUAGACAAAAGUUUUUGAAGGAGAAAAAGUCAAGUAGAUAUGAGUCAUUACAUGGAAACCAAAAUGCAAAAAAGAAUAUUCGAAGGAUAGAACUAGGGUGGCUUCACAAAGAAUGGGGCAAAGGGUUCACACAGGUUAAAUCGCAAAAUGGAGGCGGGACUCGGCAUUUAACAAUCCCUUGUGAUAUGAAGAUGAAAGACCUUAAGCAGGUGGCAAUGGAUCUCUUUUUUGAACAUGGACAGUCUGGAAAAGGAUAGACCUGGCCAGG